UGCACACGGCAGGAGAUCGCCGCCCCGGGCGUGUGAGUUGGGACUUUAGUUCUGAGGCGUGCGCCGGAUGCCAGAGGAUGCCGAGCUGGGGCAAAGGGAAGCGAAUCGGCUACUGCCUGAACGGCAAGAAGAAAAAGAAGCUGAACGUGCAGGGGUUUGAGGAGCUCUGCAGGAAGCGAGGCUAUGAAGUCAUCGAGAUUGACCUGACCAAGCCCCUCUGCGAACAGGGUCCUUUUGACGUCAUCAUCCACAAACUCUCCGACCUGCUCCUAGAGGCUGAGUACGACAGCCAGUCCCACCAGCUCAUCCACGACUUCCAGACCUAUGUGGAAACCUGCCCCAGCACCCUCCUCCUCGACCCAUUGCCAGCUGUCCGGCCGCUCCUGGACCGCUUCGAAUCCUAUCGCCUCCUUCAGGGAAUUCAGGAUCAAGACAACUGCAUCUUCUCCCCACCCUAUGUGGAGCUGCCCAGCGGGACGGGGCACGACGCGGUGGCACGGAUCCGGGAGCAGGGCCUCCCCUUCCCCUGAAUCUGCAAAACCCGGGUGG